AUGGCACCCGUCCAGGUGAUCGAUAUGGUUGCCAGUGCCGGUCCUUUCCGUACCCCAGCGCAACCGCUCCAAACUCGUGAGCUGACAUCGAAGUCACUCACUACUGCCGUCAUCGUCCUUGCAAUCUCCUCAACUGUCCUAUUUCUGGGCGUGCUCUUUGUGCUGGCUAAGCUUUGGACCAAGUUGAGGGGCGGGAAACUCGUACCUCAGCUCGCAUCUCGGCAUGUCCAACCAGCCAAGGAAGGGGACACAGUGGCCGAGCGAGAGCCAAGUGACUGGGCCAGAAAAAACAGCAACGUCCUCUGGUCCAUGUAUAUUGAGGAAGACGAUCUGAAGUCUCAAUUCUCACUGCCGACCAAGUCCAGACUAUUCUCCAUUGGGUCUGUGUCCACCGAUCAUGGCAGAUGUCCCCUGGACCGACGUACCUCCAAUGCGGACGAGCUGGACAAACACAACAAUCCGCCGAUUGAGGAACCAGAGCGCGAUGAGUCAGUCGACAGCCACAGACUACGCAAUCGUGCUGCGUAUGAGCAAGAGACGACACCGACAAAGAAUGUUUCUCGAACACGAGCAAGGUCACAGCCGUUCCACCACAGGCAGAGCGACAGCCUUGAGAACAUAGCAGCCAAGCGCAAACAGAGUGUGCCCGAGCCACAUACACGGAUGGUUGAUUGUCAGGAGCACCGGACGGUUAUGCAGUAG